GCUGCCAUCCGCCAGCGGCAUUUUCCUUCUUCAGUUACCCAUGUCCCCUUCUUGUCGCAUCUCUGUUCGGCGGUAGAACCAAGGCUGUGGCCGCCAGCCAAGCAUCAAUGAAUAUCAAUACUUCUAUUGCUAUACAAGCAGUAUUGCUUGCUCUAGCAUUAGUUGUUCUUGUUCUACGAUCCUGGGCGCAUUAUAUCCUCAAGCAGAACCUUCUCAAUCUGUCUGAUAUCUUCGCUUGGCUGGGAUGGGUUUUCAGCUUGGGAUGGUUUAUCUGCUCGACUCUCGCGCUCCUAAUUCUCAUCGAUAACCCUGCGAUCGGAUCCGAGCUGGUAGUCAAUAAUGUGGAGUAUUUGAAGACGGUGUUAGUGGCCGAGUACUUCUUUGAUACGGGGAUCUACUUUCCCAAGAUAUCCAUUGUUCUCUUCUACUGGACGUUGAUUCCCAGGGUUCUUGAAACCUUGAGAAAAGUGUUACUCGGAAUCUCAAUCUAUCUAGGUUGCGCCCUGCUUGCGUCGGUCCUCACGAAUACUCUCAUAUGCCUGCCUUUCUCUGAUAACUGGUCCAUCGAAAAUCAACUAAAGUCAGCUUGGAAUUCGUACCCUUCCUUCUGUAUUCAGUGGGCUCUCAACUUUUCCACUGAUUUGCUGAUAUUCGUCUAUCCAUUCUUUCUACUGAAGCACUUGAGAUUGCGCAAGGAACAAAAGAUCGGCCUCAUUGGCAUCUUUUCCUUGGGAACCAUCACCUUAAUAGUCAGCCUUUCGCGAUUCAUCGCAUACAAUGUCACCAACUUUGAGCUCGAGGACGAAUCCGGCAACACAUUGACCCUCGCCGAAAUGAGUACCGCCGUCAUCGUCGUUUGUCUCCCCGGCCUCCGAACAUUCAUCGUGCGAUCGAAAAAGUCUACAAAUCGCUCAUCCUCACACCAGCUCAGCGGCUACGGUACCCACACAAGGAUAGGAGUGGGACAAACAUCGAAGACGGGCGGACUUAAAGGACAAGGGCCACCAUCUUCGUAUGCAAAAUGGGGCGUGAGAGAUGAUGAGAUCGAGUUGGUAACUCACAUACGCGUUUCCCACGAACUGGCGAAUCCGGAUGCUUGUAGCGCGAGCGAGCAAAGCGCGACGAGUCGCAAUUUGGGAUUAUGAUAUUCACAAUAGAGCCUGGCGUUGGAGGAACUAGAUACAUGAUUUAUAAAACAGGGAUAUAGGGUUUUGACAGCAUAUAUGUACAUGCUAUUAUACUGGACGCUUUAUAUAUGAUGGCGGUUGCAUAUUAGAUAGACGAAGAGAGUAUGAUAUCAUUUUGCGUUUCUUUCAGCCACCAUAUCAGACGGAAGAUAGGUUCCAGUGGUUGACUCAGAAGCCAUGGCUUGCAAAAAAGAGGUACGGACUGAAUAAGCUUGAAUUUAAAUUUUAUACUAGGCCUGCGUGAUAAUAAUCUACCUAUCAUUGUUCUCGCA